AUGGCACCAUCUAUCUCCGAUGAAUAUGGUGAACUUAGCUUGGACCGCUCUGAUAUAAAGAAUCCGACGAGUUGCAAUAAUUAUCACGAAGAUGCUAGGACAGUCGCCUCGUACGAAGUGUCACCCUACCAGGACACCAAGAUUGUCUCGAUCCUCGUUGGCAGAGACGCACUACCUUUCACUAUACACAGCGCCGUUAUUGCCCAAAGCGAAGUGCUAGCUGCCAAAGUGUCUUACAAGCGCAAUGAGAACCAGGUGCUUGCACUCGACCUGGACAAUUCUACCGCGCACACGCUGAUUGGGUUCAUGUACACCGGAACAUACAACGAAUUGCCCUUGUCGAGUGAGUUGACACGAUCUGCAAUGUCGGUUUAUGAGACGGGUACCUGCGUAUACUGCGCUGCUGUACGCUACCAGUUGGCCGGUCUCGUCGACUUGGCCAAGGAGAAGAUCAUGUCGUCGGAUGAAGGAGUGAGCAUCUCGGAUAUUCUAAGGAUAGCGAAAGAACAGGCAUUCCCUCUUCUACGCGAGAACGAAACAUGGUAUCCAUCUUAUCUCGAAGCUGCAAUCAAGCGCGCAAUGGCCAAGGACCCGGAGCCUUUCAAACGUCCAGACUUUAUCACCCAGGUCGAGGGCAACAGCAGGUUGCUCCAGAUGGUGUGGAAGACAGUCAUCAGCAACUACGCUGGUGUGGUAUCGGCGCCAACAACAGGAGGAGGCGAUAUGCCUCCAAUGGAUCACGAACAGGAGAAGAGUGAAGAUGUUUUGACCUUCCAGAGCCGGCCUCCCGCAUCAGUGGAUGGAUCUCAGACGACCGCCGUCGCGAAUGACACCCCAGCAGACCCGCCCUCGCCAGAGAAGUCUUACUAUACCACUGCAUCAGCUGCUACUUCCGUUGAGAAUUCUUUGAAGCUCGACGAUAUCGAGCCAACGAUCGGAUAUCAUCAAGUACCGGAGCCGUUCACCGACGAACUUGACUUCAAGAAGAGCACAACCUUCCAGAAGAUGAACAAAAAUGAGUCUGUGGCAAUCAAAUCAGCUGUGGCACCCAGCGAUCAGGCAAGAUCAGCGCACAAGCGCUCCGACUCAGUGCUGCAAGCUGAAGAUGCGGCGGCAAAGGAAACCGACGAUGUUGCAGAAGAAUCUGUAGAGAAAGCUGAGUCUGCCGACAAGCUUGGGGAUUCCUCGCCUUUGGUAGCUGAUGGAUCAUUCGAUGCGACCACUGCGUCGAAGAAGGCCAAGAAGAAGAAAAAGGGUGGAAAACCGUCGACUGUUUUUUGACGACCCGAGAUUGACGCAUAGUGAGGACUGACACAAUAGCUGUUUUUGAACAUACAGCUUGGAUUCUACCCAGAGUGGAACUACCUUAGCAACACAUAAAUGGGACAUUCAAUGUAACCUUG